AUGAUUGCGCUGCGCCGCGCCGCGCCGAUCUGUGGCGGUGCGCGUAUCCCCCGCAUAACCCGGCAGCGCGUCGACCGCCCUACGGCAUUGCGGAUCCCGCUCUUACGUGUGGCACAGGUGGCAUUUGGCAAUGUGCCUUCUUCCAGGGGUCAAGGUACCUCAUUCCAAGGUCCCCUUCUGAUUGAGCGGCGCAUGGGCUUCGGCACCCCUGGCCCCGAACAGGCAAUGGCCCCGUACGUCUUUUUGACGACACCAUGUCCCGAACAAUCAGAGGGUAUUAGAGUGGAGGUGGUGGUGGCCGCCUGGAGGUCCUGA